AUGGUUAAACCUUCAGCUCCCAUGAUGGCGCGUCUGCGCUUAACUACCAAGGCGACCAACAAGGGCUACUAUAAGGGUACCCGAACAGGGUCUAUGGGUCAAUUUGUCAAGCAGGGGAACUACGUGAUCAACUGGGAGAAAGUCCGAACAUAUGUCGUCCCUGAUGACCUGACAAGCUUCAGACUCACACCUUUCGUCUCAAGGAAAGUGGAGGCCAAACGCGAUCAAUACUUCAAGGAGAUCAAUCGCAAUGGCCGCACGGUCACAGUGGUUGAUAGCUUGAAGGGACAAGAUUAUCUCAACAUCUGGGGAGACAAGAACGCCGAGGAGGUUGUUGAGCGUGAGACCGCCGAGAAUGUCGUAAACCAGAGCGAAGCAGCGAAGAACGCCGGACAAUCCAGCCAAUAA